GUUUGUCAUUCUUUCUUAGAUAAUGAUGCUGAAAAUGAUCUUCAAUCAGACAUCGGUAGAGCAUUGCAAGACACAGCUGGGAAAGGAGAAAGAGUGCAACUCCUUCCUCAUUGCAGUUCGCCUGGCUUCGCUGAACCAGAUCCUGGACCCCUGGGUUUAUCUGCUGCUAAGAAAGAUCCUUCUCCGGAAGUUCUGUCAGAUCAGGAACCACACCAGCUAUGCUUCCAGCUCCACCUCCCUGCCCCGCCCAGGCUCCUCGGCUCUGAUGUGGAGUGACCAGCUGGAAAGAUGACAAACACCCCGAGGUGGACUUUCACUGCAGUCCCUGCUUGCCUGGGUCUGUGAAUUUCUUCCCCAAGAAAGAAAACAGAGUAUUUUGGAUUUUUUUCUUCUUCGGGCCACAUGUUUGAAUUCUUUUCUUGCCAUUAAACACACAGAGACAAACUUUCUUACGAUAACUUGAACUUCUGGAUGCUGAUUGGCCCCGUGAAGGACUGGGACUCUGCGCUUGAGAAGUGGGGCAGAAUUGCACAGACUCUUCUGGUGAGCAGCACAGACGGACUUGGUACAGCAGUGUCUCCAACUCCAGCCUCGCCAGGACAUCGUCACGUGUUUUAGCAGUUUGAUUCCUCUACAUAAGUUUGAAAAAGGAGCGUAACUUUUUAACAGGAAAGCAUUCAGGUGUUGAGAGCAAGUGUCUAUCUAAUAAGCUAUGAACUUAACGAGAUUUAAAAUAACACAUGGGAAAGCAGGGGCAUCGUGCAGUGUUUGUGCCAAGCUGCCAUGGGACACCACAGACUUGUAUGUCCUUCUCAGCAAGGCUUCUGGCGAUAGGACCUUCAGUAAUUCACGAAUUGCAACAUUGUCUCUCUGCUCUUAAAGGGAGCAGUUCAGCUAAGGGCACCUUCCAAGUGUCACUAACAGUUCCAAGGCCAGAUGACUAAAUGUUCAGCUAAAGCCAUAAAAAGGAAAACCAGAUACUGCCAGCUAACCAUGGUUCCAGUCCAAUCUUACUUUUGAGUCAACAUCAACUUAAGAUUUCUCACAAUUUGUGCUCAGGCAGCACACACACAAAAAGGGCAAAAGUAAUAAGAUUUUAAAUUAUUUAUCAGUUAUUCUACAUCUAACUAAGUCUGUGACUUUAUAAAAUAAAAUAAUUUUGUCUAUAUUGAAAUAGUUAACUUUAAAAACUAUCUGAGUUCUUUAACAGUGUCCAUGUGGUACACCUUUACCUGCUUGUAAAUCCAACAGCCUCUUUUUCCUUCCUCAACCUGCCCUCUGGAUUUCUUUUCCCAGCCCCCAUUCCCUUAGUUCAGCAAAGAUUCAGUGUCUACCUAGGCACUCACAGCACCACACAGUCACCUCUGUGGGCGUCUCAAGAAAACAUGAGACUCUGGGAUCUGUUGUUUCGCCCUGGGAGCCUGUACCGGGUGCACUCUGUCCACCUAUAACUAAGUGGUGUGGUCUGCGAAUCUGCUGUCGACUCCCACAGCUUUAUUUUUAUCUGUUUUUACAGCAGUUUUCAGUAGCCGCUAGCCGGUCAUUUGUACCACCCUCUUCUGAGAGUUAAGAUCAGUGACCACCACUGAGCGCAGGGUAAAUGCCACCACCAGAGAAAUGACCAUUGCUCACCGCCAUGGGUAUCUAUCUGUCAUCUACCAUUUCAUCCUCACAGACUGAGUUCUGCACAGUGUUCCCCAUCAGGACCACUUAUGGUUGCUGCAAGGACACUCCAUUUACAGGACCAGGUGACAGAGCAGGAGCAUGGGCUUUGAAGCAAAGUUGGAUUUGACUCAUCAUACACCAUGCACAGGUCCUGUGCCCUUGAGAAAGCUUUAUUAUAUAUCACUAGGUCUCAAGUUAUCCUACCCAUGAGCUGAAAACAGUGCUUCCUGUAGAGUUAUUGUGAUAAUCUCUCUGAAAUAUAUGCAAUGUGUCAGAUCAGUAAGCAAUGACUGAUUAAUUCAUUGUUCAGAAUUGUCUUCAAGUACUUGAUAUGAGCUCUCAGUUUUGACUUCAAACUGACUUCCUUACUGCCUGUAGUUGAAUGUCAAGGGCAGAAUCCACUUCAAACCCAUGUGUUAAUAUGUGUAAGACCUCGGCAUCAGUUCUACCAUUGCAGAAUGUCCCACGUGUUCUCUCCUUGUCCUUGGACAAUUCUUAUCUGCGUCCUCAUCUGUACCCUCAUCCUGAUGUUACGUGGAACCCACAGUAUCAUAGCACACUGCCUUAAACACGUUCACUCUCUGUGGUUUUUCCUCUUGAAAUACAAUGGCUAGAGCCCCUUUCCUAUAUUUUCUUUAUCUAUCUCUUAGCUCCAUGUCAUCCGACACCUAGAAAGCUGCUGUUGAUUUAGUUAGUUAUCAGCAGUGGUGACAUUUAUUUACAAGACUACUAGUCUGUAGUAAGAAAGACUUCGGUGGGAAGCUGCUUCCGUAUUAUCAUUCCGCUGAGGAAAUUUCAUUAUUAACUUUCUGAUUUUUGUGUCUGUAUCCAAGUGAUCUAAUCACACUCAGUUCAGCACAAGAGUGUAAAGCUCCUUUAGUGGAUGUAAAUAAUAAUGAAGCAACUGUAAAAAAACAAAAAAAAGUUUGACAAAGGUGAUGUCCAGACACCAGACUGGCCCUUUCGUGACUCACCUAAACUCCGAGAGAAAAGGUGUGUGUCUGUAUAAAAUACUCCUGGUGCUGUUUCUUAAAACAGGCUUCAGUUUUUAGUGAAGAUUUAGGUUCUCAACAAAACCAAGUGGAAUCCAAAGGACCCUUCACCUUUUUGUCCAGGGAAAGCGUCUGCUGCAGAGCAGGUUCACCCAGAACACCAACUUCUGCUGCAUUGUGCACUCGUCCUGUGGUUCAGAGACGCGUGAAGCAGCUUUAAGGUCCUUGUCCUCGGUAUCAUCAGUAAACACUCUCAUCAUGAUGUAAUGGGGUUGACACAAGGGCUAAACCUCCCAAUAAACCACUGAGCUCCACUGAGCUGCUGCCCCAGCACACAGCAUAUAGAGAAGCGGAGUUGAUCAGUGGUUUUAACCCAAUUAUAACACCAACCAUAAGACUUAUGGGUUAAACACAUGAAAUUGCAUAACAUUAAUGUGCUAAGUGGAUGUACAGACACAAGUUCUUGCCCCUUUUCACAUACAUGCAACGGAGUCUUUUCGCUAUAUGUAAUAUAUUUGUAAAGAUACUACAUGUAUUGUGUGUAUGGUUCUUUAUAUAAUGUAACAAAUAUAUAAGCUACUGUGUGUAAUAUAUCACUUGUUACAUAUAUCUAGCAUGUCCCGUGUGUAUUGCAUGUAAUAUGUUUUGUAUCACUUUAGCCCUCUGGCAUUUGCACCGGAGGAAAUGAGUUACUGAAAAGUCCAGUCUCCAGUGCUGUCUUCUUGCACCAGCACAAACCAGUGUGAAUGAAAAUGGGCAGAGGAAAGUCCGCUAGGCUGUGAUGUGAGGCCAGGAUAACAGGAAAGGCUGCCAAGCCUGCUGUAAGCGCCGGGCCUGGAGAAAGCAGCUGUGCUGGCAUUCAGAGACGGGGCUUUCAUUCGAAGCUGUAUUUGUUCCAAUCUCCCCAGGAGAGAAGAGAAAGGCAGGUCCAUUGCCUUGUACAGGUACAUGUAGAUAUGUGUCUUGUAGUUAUAUAGUAGUCUACAAGACACAGAAAAUUCAGACUUGAAUUGGUCUGCUCUUUUGUUAUUUAUGAGAAAAGCUGAAAAUUAAGAUAAAGAUGGAGUGAAAGCUAUAGAAGUCUAUAGAUUAUAUUUAAAAUGACAUAGCCUUCCCCUACCCUCAGUAUUUAGAACUGUAUUUGGGGUGUGUUAAGGUAACUGUCACAGUGCGGGCAUCUUAAGGCUCUGUUCACUAUAUUUUACUUGCUAUAAUGACGUAACUAUCUCCCUGUCUUGAUUCGUGCUUAUGUGUUUCAGGAAUCUGCGGUUUACUAACGGUUUUGUUGAUUUUUAUUGCCUAGGAAAUACUGUAAAUAUAAGUGGUUCUUGUUUUAA